AUGAACUCAAAACAGGCUAUAUUUGAAACAGUAGUUGAUCAAUCAGACACUAUUCCAUUAUGUCCUCGUCUAAAUUUAUUUCUGAAACCUUUUGCACGGAUUUUGAUUACUGUUCAAUUGGAUGGCAAAACCAAAACUACAAUUUCCAAUUGGCAAAUCAUGGAGCGCUUAAAAGAAUGGAUAGAUCCAGACAAGUUUUCUCAUCUCUGUGUAGCAAAAACAUCUUCAGAAUUAAUAAGGUUCGAUGCAGAAUUAGCAGACCGUUCACGAUUGUCAAUAGUAUUAUCCCGUUUGUGUGAUAGACGAAUAAAAUUUCCUGGAUUUUCUCAUCUAUUGACUGUGCGUGCUAUUGAAUCUAAACCAGAUUUUCCUACUCGCCAUAAUUGGGAUUCAUAUUUUCGUGAUAGUAAAGAUAUGAACGAACUAAAACCAGGUGAGCGUCCUGAUACUUUACACAUUGAAAAUUUACCUUUGGAGUGGUUAACUGAAGCAGGAGAAAAAUAUCCUAGUGAAAAUAUUCUAAAAAAAAUAUUCAAUGGAUUUGGUGAAGUAGCUCGUGUUGAUUUGCCUGCUGCUGACCCAUCAAGAGCUAUUCAUGGAGUAGGAAUCUGUGAUGCAUACAUACAAUUCAGAGACUAUUCAGCUUUUGCAAAAGCGAUGAAUGCAUUAAGAGGUAAUAAAUUGGCUUUAAUCACAGAUACAAAAGCACUAACAGCUAAUAUCAAAGUGGACUUUGAUAAAACAAAACACAUGACAUUAAGUGAGAUUACAAAAAGACAUGAACGCCGUGAUCGUUUUCUAAUGAGAAAAAAAGUUAUAGAAGAAACAGAAAGACUAGAAAAAGCAAAGGAAUUAAAAAAACAAGAAGAAGAAAAUAAAAAAAAACUUUUUGAACUGGAAAAAAAAAAUGAAAGGCGUAAAUUACGAGAAGAAAAACGUAAAGCAAAACGUAUUAAGCGUUUAGCUGAACGACAAGCAGAUGUAAUGAAUCAAAAAAUUGCAACUGAAGAAAGACUUUUGUUAAAAACACAAAGAAAACUAGAAGCUAUUCAUUUACUGGGAGAAUUGUUUACACGAAUUAAAACGAAAAUUAAUCUUAAAAGUAAUGAGGAAGAAAAGUCUGAAAAAAAUAAUGCCAAUACAAAUAACGUUCAGUGUAGAGAUAUUGAGUCUACUUUCAGACAAAGAAUGAUUGAAAAAUGGAAACCAUCUCAGCCUAAAAUAUUAAAAAAUUCCUCAAAUAAUAAUGAUUCUGAAAAUCGCAGUUAUAACAACGACCAAAACAAUCGUGGCCGAGGCCGAGGAAUUUGGAGAGGUAAUCGCGGAAAAGGCACACAUCAAUACAUAGGUCGAGGACCAUACCUAUUGCCACCCAUUUUCGAUCCAAUGCAGUUGAUUAAUUACGGACACAAGUAUCAUAAGUACAUUCAGAAGCUUAAUAAAAAAACAGAGAAUGACAGGAGUCGUAGCCGUAGCCGUAGUCGAAGCCGAAAACGAAGGCGAUCAUUUUCCAGUAGAAGCUCCAGGAGCUAUAGUCGUAGCCGAAGUCGGAGUCGAAAUAAAAGUUAUAGUAGGUCAAGAAGUAGGAGUCAUACAAAAAUAAGCAAUUCAAGGAGUAGAAGUCGUUCAAAAAGUAAGAGUCUUAAAAAAACCCACAAAAGUCAUUCAGAGAGUAAGAGUCGAAGUAGAAGUAUUAAUAAGAGUUCAGAGAAAACAAUAGAAAACAGGUCUAAACAUAAACAUAAGAAAAAGAGUAAAAAUAAGAAGAGUAAAAAGCUUAAGAAAUCUAAGAAAUGA